AUGACAUCAUCCAGCCGGUAUCCCUUCGCCGCGGCGCCCGAUAUCAUCCGCUCGCACCAGAAGGAUUCGUAUUUCGAGGGCGUGCUGCUCGAGCAGCUGUCGGCCAUCCUCCGCAAGCUCAGAGGAGCCCGCUUCGCGCACAACUACACGAACGAGGCCAAGACUGCUGCCGAACUCCUCUACCUCGGGCUGACGACCUUUGUCGGCAAUCGCACGCUCGGCGAGGAAUACUGCGACAUUGUGCAGGUCGAGGAUGACACGCUGCGCCUGCCCGCCGUUUACCGUCGCGGCGGCUACAUCGUCACAACCAUACUCUUGCCGUACGGGCUCAACCGGAUCCUACCGGCCUUCAGGCGAAGGAUACGCGCGAAACUCGAGGCGAACCUGCGCAAGCUCUCGCGGAAAAAGGCGGGUGCCGCGCAUCGCGUUCAGUCGUACAUCCUGAACAACCUGGACACCAUCACGUCGCCGUCGCCCAUCUACGCCGUCAGCCUGGCGACAUUCUACUUCUCAGGCGCCUACUACGAGAUUGGCAAGCGGCUGUGGGGACUCCGGUACAUCUUCACGCGGCGCAUCGAGCCGUCGGAGCAGCGGGUUGGCUACGAAGUGCUGGGCGUGCUGCUGGUGCUGCAGCUGGCGGUGCAGAGCUACCUGCACCUCCAGAACACCAUGGUGGCAAACGCGGGGUCGGCGGCAGGCGGCACCGCGGUGCUGGAUCACGGCGUCGAGGUGUCGCUGAACGCGCAGGACUACGCGUCGAACAACGCUCUGCUCUUCGACACGACGCACAACGGGACGAGCGAGGAGCAGAGCAAGCGCAUCGCCAAAAGCACAAACACGCCCGUGGCGGCGAGGCCGCGAGUCGACUUGUCCGAGGCCGGGUGCCUGGCGUGGAUGCCGGGCACGCAGCAACGCAAGUGCACGCUGUGCCUGGAGGAGAUGAAGGACCCCAGCGUGACGACGUGCGGCCAUGUCUUCUGCUGGACGUGCAUCGGCGACUGGUGUCGGGAGAAGCCCGAGUGCCCGCUGUGCAGGCAGAUGUGUCUUGUGCAGCACAUCCUACCGCUGCGGUGCUGA